CUCGGUGUCGGUAGAAGGCGGCGAGCCUCGUUAGCAACCGUUUACCGCUCACACAGUCAGAUGUAACCGGACUGGACUGCCGAGUGCUGCCGCUGUGCCAAACAUGGAUUCGUGACAAGUUUGGCUGGAUUGCCAUUACCUCCCCCCCCCCAUCAUCCUCUGCUUGUGCUGCUUUUGACCCGCGAAUGUUAUGAGACUCCAUGAUGCUGGAGGAGGAUAAGCGCAAACCCCCUGUUGACAAUAUGGACUCCAAAAGGCACUCUGCUGAAAGGUGACCUCCAGACACUUCACCUCCCCCAAAAUAUUUGAAUAUGCCAGGACAUAAAAAUGAGCUCCAACAGCACAGACCCUGGUCUCUUCCUCACUGCAAACCCCUCACCACCAGUGGCUGGAACGUACCCACAGUCAAAUGCUCUAUACCAAGGAGAAACAGGAGGAGACCCCUGGUUUUUUCCUGUAAACACCCUGGAUGAUAAUUCAUCUUCCACAAGCAAACUGCUAAACCUCACUUUAGAAUCCCAAAAUGGGAACAGAACUGCGGCUCUCAGUUCCGCGGGUGGCCACCCCGUGUGGCAGGUUGUCCUCAUUGUCCUGCUCACGGGAAUGUUGUCUCUUGUCACCAUCAUCGGCAACGUCCUGGUAGUGGUGUCUUUCAAGGUGAAUCGCCAGCUGAAGACAGUAAAUAACUACUUCCUGCUGAGCUUGGCGGUGGCUGACCUCAUCAUUGGGGUCAUUUCCAUGAACCUCUACACAACUUAUCUCGUGAUGGGCUACUGGGCCAUGGGCAACUGGGCCUGCGACCUGUGGUUGGCUAUAGACUACGUAGCCAGCAACGCGUCAGUUAUGAACUUACUGGUCAUUAGCUUUGACCGUUACUUUUCAAUCACCAGGCCGUUGACUUACCGGGCCAAACGGACCACAAAGCGAGCUGGGAUCAUGAUUGGCCUCGCCUGGUUUGUGUCUCUUGUCCUGUGGGCGCCAGCCAUCCUGCUGUGGCAAUUUUUUGAGGGCGAAAGGACAGUACCCUCAGAUCAAUGUUACAUUCAGUUCUUCUCAGAGCCCACAAUCACCUUCUGCACAGCCAUAGCAGCUUUCUAUCUUCCAGUGACAAUAAUGAGUGUUCUCUACUGGCGCAUUUACAAGGAGACCCAGAAUCGCUCUAAAGAGUUAGCUGGAUUGCAGGGUUCGGGGGCUCGUGGUGGAAAUGGAGGAAGAAAUGCGAACGGCGGGGGUGAGAGGACCCGGUUUGUCCAUCAGACAGGAAGUUCUAGAAGUUGCAACAGCUACGAGCUAACUAGGUUGUCCAGGAGGAGGAGCACGUGUCGAGAACUAGUCAGCCGCUUCCAUUGCUGGCCUGCGGUUCGUUCUUGGAGACCUGGUAGUUCACGGCAAGGCGACGGUGAUCCAGAUCAGAGCAGCAGUGACAGCUGGAACAACAAUGACGCUGCAGCCUCACUGGACCACUCUGGGUCCUCAGAGGAUGAGGACUGCGGGGGCAGAGAGAUGAUUUCCCAGAGUCAUGCUAUUUUCUCGAUUGUUCUCAGCAUCCCUGGUAUAAAGGCCGCCGUCAACUCCCAGCUCACCUCCUGCGAAGACCUGGAUGCAGCCUCAGAGGAGGAUCCGCUCAAGGGAGCAGAGUAUAAUCGAGACAGUGUUUCGACAGUCGACGCCAACACCAUUGCCACCACUACUCCCGAUGGAGAAAACAAUUCUGAAAAUAGCUACCACCAACGCUUCUCCUCACGAAAGAUGCAGUCCAUGCCAAGAAUCCAGGCUACGUCCAACCAAGGCUCUCUGGGUGGAUCCCAGACAAGUGCUACCACUGCCACCGACGGUACCACCACCAGCACAAGCACCAAAUCCCCCUCUGUCCCGAUGUCCUUUAAAGAGGCGGCUCUCGCAAAGCGCUUCGCAGCUCGAGCUCGGACCCAGAUAACCAAGAGGAAGCGCAUGUCCUUAGUGAAGGAGAAGAAGGCAGCUCAAACUCUCAGUGCCAUCCUCUUUGCUUUCAUCAUCACAUGGACACCUUACAACAUCAUGGUGCUAAUCAACGCCUUCUGCAAUGUCUGCAUCCCAGAGACGCUGUGGGCAGUCGGUUACUGGCUGUGCUACGUCAACAGCACGGUCAACCCCAUGUGCUACGCCUUGUGCAACAAGACUUUCCGUACGACAUUUAAGAUGAUACUGUUGUGUCGCUGGGACCAGAAGAAAAGGAGGAAGCAGCAGUUCCAGGAGAGGCAUUCAGUGGUCUUCCACCGGAGGAUUCCCAGGGAAUCUACGUAAAGAACGGGACGUCAGAAUGGAUGAGGAAAAGAGAUUUGAAAAGGUUUAACACAGGACAAGGAAAAGAAAGAAGCAUCCAUGUAGAUUUGUUUCUGUGGAGUUUCUUUACUUAAUGAUCCUUAAUGUGUUUCCCUGCUGGCUUUGUCAAAUGCAGCAGUCAGUCGUACUGUACGUGGUGGUCUUCAGGUGUCUGUCUGUGUCGGUUCAUCUGUUUAGCGGAGCUGUUGUUUAUGUGUGAAGGGUUGCGCGAGGUGAGAUCCUGAGAUGAAACCCUCCCGCCUGUACCCCGGAGAACCGUUUCACAUUAAUCCAGCUGAGAGAAAGUGAAUGGGAGUGGAAAUAAUAGAAAAGGGCUUUAAAAUGCAUUGCAGGAGAAUUACUGAAGUGCAGUCGACACAAGGGAACAGAAAAUCUUUGUCACAGGAUUUGGGAUUCACAUUUCUUGUCACUUCUCUCUGUGGGUAGCUAAACCUGUAAUGUGGUUUUGCAUUUUAAACAAAACUAUGUAUGUGUAACGUGUCACUGAGAGCCAAGACAAAAUGACUUUGUGUUCAUAGGCGUUGACAUUGUACUGAUUUGAUCUGCCAGCCUCUUCGCUGGCAGUUUUUUCGUUUUUAUUUUAUUUUUGAAUCAAUGUUCAAUGCCUUUCUACAUCAAUAUAGCUUUCAUGUCUUAUGGAGUAUAACGAGUUCUUGAACUGUGUCCUUACUUUUUCGUCGGCAAAAAAUUGUUAUUUUUGUGAUAUUCAUCUUUGAUUUUCCUCAAUAUUCCGGAAAUUUUGAGCCAGUCUGAAAAAUGAUUCUUCUGAUGAACUGAGUUGUGAAUAUUCCGUGUGGCACUGAAGUCAGUGGACCGCAGUUGUGUUCAAUGUGAUUGUUGUGGUUUUUAUGGUGGACACAAUAAGUGCAUUGGUUGUGUUUUAUGUACUUGCAGUUUUAUGUCAAGAGUAUUGAUUAUACAAAAAUGAUAUUCUGUUUGUGUACAUUUGGAUAUUUCUGACUUGAUACACAUUGAAUGGUUGCACACACUAAGAUGUCCAUGUAUGAAGAUGUGUGUUUUUGACUCAACACCAUGAAGCUCUUUGAAAAAGGCCACUCAUCCUUCAUAUCGUAGAGAAAUGGCACCCUCUAGUGGCAAAAGAAAGACCUGUUUUCCAGGAAACAGUUGGUCCAACUCUCGCAAUGCCAAUGUGACAAGAAUGCUUUUUUUUUAUGAUUGUGCAGCUGUUAUGCAUUAUUUUAAGAUGUUUGCGUUCAUGAGUAAGCUUGCAGUUAUCAAAUUUUAGAUUUUUAAAUAUAUAUUUGGGAUAUUUAACAGAAUGGCCACAGGCUUUGAAGGUAUAGGUUUUAUCUUUAUGUCAUUAUUUGUUUUUGGUUUCAUAGCGGUGACGUAUUUCUUCUUUAAAAUAAAACACUCAGUCAUUGAUUUGUAAAUACAAUGGAUAGCGGUUGUGGUCGACAUUACAUCAUGGGCAAACGCCAACAAAAAGCAACAUAAAGAGGCCAGCUAAGAUGAGAAUUAUAUUUUAUUUACAAUACACAUUAUGUUAUUCCUAUUUUAAAAGGGUUUUCUGUUGUUGUUUUGUUUAUUUUCAAUGUAUUAGAUGAACUUUAUCAUUAAAGGUGGCAAAGUGAUUAAAUCGGAUUAUCUUGGAUACAAUGGUUACACAGUGGUGGUUAUAGAAGAUGUUAAAAAACAAACCCCCCCCCAUGCCCUGUCAACAGUGGAUAUUACAUCUGCUUAGUGGACAGUGUGCUCCAGUGUCAUAAUGCACUCGUCAUCAAAGGAUAAGAGAUUUUUGUACUGAAGCAUUUGGAAUGUUAUGGGAAUGUAAAAAUACCAUAAUGGUGAACACAAACAUUUUGUUACAUUUCAAGUACGCUGACCGUA